UCCUGCACAGAGGGAGAGGCAACAGACGAAUCUGUCCGCCAGCUGCAGAAUCCUCAGAGACCUUCAUCACCCUCGUCCUCCAACACACCUCCAGAGGCUUAGGCUCUCCAGCUGGUUGGCCUCCGUCAACAUGCUCCGCCCCCUGCUCUUCCUGUCGGCUCUUAUUGGGCUGGUGGCACGUUCUCAGCAGGCUGAUGUUCUUAGAGAAUUUGACAUCAGCUCAUGUGCCUUCCCAUACUUUGGAAAGUCGUACAGUACCAUCUAUAUCAGCAUGACGGAUCAACAUUUUGCAGUCUGUUUCACUGGCUAUUAUGACCCUCAGUCCAGCGGGGACUGUGUUGUGGGGCCUCCAACCACAUCAACAUCGUUUUCCUACAGCAGCAGACAAGCAAACCAGGGAGAUGAAAACAAAUACUUGAGCGGUUUGUCAAGCAUUUCUGAGAGUCUAACUUGCGAGCUGAGUGUGAGAGGGGACUAUGGGGACAAUGUUUAUUUGUACUUUGGUAAAUUUAACACAGAAGCAGCUCUGCUCAUAUCCACAACAGCAUCAGGUUCACAUAGCUUUGACGUUCAGAUCAAUGGCGUCACCGUCGAGACACUAAACAUAAACAAUACCGGGUCCAUCCUAGAAAUCAACAAAUACUUGGACAUCAGCGGAUGCAGAGAAUCAGGUGUUGUGUACAGACCUGGUGACGUGAUAAGCUCUGAACCAUCAAACUGCACCAAAGUAAUCUGUAAUCAGACUGCAGUCAUCACACCCACUGAAUGUGGAAUCCUGGAGCGUUGUCCAGGAGACGGCAACUGCAUUCUUGACCCCAUCUGCACUGUGACGGGCCCCGCCAUCAUCAACUUUUUUGGGCAAGUUAACUCUGUCCCGGAUCGGUGUGGAUAUAUUCUACUGGCAGGCUAUGAUGUAGCAAUCUUUGCGAACUUCCCGGAACGCCGUCGUAAAGAUGUGAACUUUCUGGACAGUUUGACUUUGUGGACGGAAGACUCUGUUAUUGUCCUGAAACAGGAUGGGAGAGUUCUGGUGAAUGGCGAACUGCUGACCCUUAAUAGCUCAGCUUAUAUGGUUGACAUUGUGGAGCUCUCUAAGAACGAAACUGGAAUCACUGUCAAGUCCACGGAGUAUGAGGUCGUCACUCACCUCUUCUUUGAUGGCCACAAGGCACAGAUGAGCAUCACAGGACCUGCUGGACAAGAUCCAUACAGGAUUGGGUUGUGUGCUUACCCCGGGGAUGUUGAACAUAUGAAGUUCCCUUACAUCGAGGCCAGAGACUGUGAUGUGGAGCACAACGACACUGUGGACAGCACCAUCGACUGUGAAGACAUGACUGAACGCUGUGGUCUCCUGAAUGAGACGAUCUUCAGUUCCUGUCACAGCCACACCGACCCAACGCCCUACAUAACCGCCUGCGCCGACACUUUGUGCAGUUAUCCUGACGUGGACGGUCUCUACUGUCAGUUCAUGGAGGCCUACGCCAGAGCCUGCAGCCUGCGGAGCAACGACACACUGGACUGGAGGACAGAAACGGGCUGCUCCUCCCCUCAGGUCUUCUGUCAGGACAGGAUCUGCAGUGACCACGAGUUCUGUGCUCAGACAGUCGGUGGUGAACCCGCCUGCUUCUGUCGCGCCAUUUUUGCCUCCCCGUACAGAUCGACAGACUCUUAUGGUGAGCCAAUGGUCUGCGACCAGACCUCUGCUUCAGUUACUCUGGUCGGGUGUCUCCUGGAGGAAAAAGGCUUUGACUACACAGCAUUACAUCUCAAUGAUGAGACCUGCAGGGGUGAGACAGACGAGCUGACCCACAUGGUGACCUUCAGCUUCAACAGCAGCAACACCUGUGGGGCCGUGGUCACGGCAAACAACAGCCAACUGAUCUACAAGAACACCAUCACCAGCUCCUCUGACGUCAUCAUUCGCAACAACCAAGUUAACAUCGACUUCUCCUGCGUCUUUGCUCAGCCAGACAUCAAAACUAUGUCCUUCAGAGUCAGAGAGAGCUCUGUAGUCCAGCAGAUCACAUCUGGAUCUUGGAAUUACAAUCUGACCAUGAAGGCCUACACCAACGCUGGCCUCACACAAGCUGUGGAGUCGGGCACUGAAGUCCAGUUGAACCAGAAGGUCUGGGCUGAGCUGGACACUGAGGGGCUGGAGGGCGGGUUAUUUUCUGUGGUGACCGACGCCUGCUGGGCAACUGAUCAGGAAUCACCCAGUGCGAGUCCGAGACACGACCUGAUCAUAGAUGGCUGUGCGAACCCUGCUGACCAGACGGUGGAGGUGGAGGGAAACGGAAUGGGAACAUCCACCUCCUUCUCCUUCCACAUGUUCCAGUUCACUGGGAGCUCUGGUGAAGUGUACCUGCACUGCCAAGUCCACCUGUGUGCCCACGACAUAGAGACCUGUACCCCGGUGGGCCUCCCAAACACACCACACACUCAUGAACCAGCUGCUCGUCACUGGAGGACAGUUAGAACAGGACGUCUGCUGGCCUGCUGGUUCACACACAUACAAUAAUCUGUGGUCACAGCGUCCCCGAGUUCCUGCUGAGGACAUUUGUUUUACUGUCUUUCCUUGUUUCCUGUCCCCUCUGUUGUCCACUUCAAAAUAAAUGCUGAAAUGUCCCAAACAAUCUGCAUAACAAGCAGUUAGAACAACAGUUGGACCGUUCUUCCAGUUGUGACCCCAUUGACAUAAACUGCAUUCCUCUUGAACAAUCAGCUGGAACCACAUUUAUUCCAUUUAGUCCCAGACAUUUGCUGAUGUGUAACCUGCAGGUGGCACUGCAGCCACAUGAUAAAUUUAGUGCAGAACUUGUGCAGUAGUCCUCUGUCUCGUUGACAGUAGAGCACUACACACUACUCUGCUGUGUGUUCCAGUAUUAAACAUGUACACGAUCAAACUGAGGAACUCUGACACAACAGGUGCACCAUCAGUCCAGAAUGAAUGCAUGUGAGUUGGUCUUCUGAAGUCUGGACUCCGUCUCUCUCUCUCUAACAUCUAGACUUGUAAUGGAGGUUAUCGGAGACGCAGAUCUGCCAGCUUGGAAUAUGUAGACGAAGCAUCUGCCUUCAUCACUAUGGCCUGGACUGAUUAGGCUGUCAAACGGUGACUCCAACUGACCGACAGGCUGUUGGCGCACACAAGGGUAUCUGACUUUUGAUUCAUCCUGAUCCAAGUCUGGCUGCAAGAAUCCUUUGGUUUUAGAAAGACGUCUUCUGAAGCGACAGAUCAGGUCUGACUGCUGUGAAGUCAUGCUAGCUAACUUGAGCUUCUCUUUGAUGGAGCAUCUCAAAGUACAAUCUGUUGAUGUGUCCUCCUGUCUGGUUUACACAUUAUUGACACAGCAUGUAAAGAUCAUUUGAGGGAUGAAUUUUCAUAUCCAUCAGUUUUCAGCAGACCAAGAAAAACUGAAUGCACCACCUUUUUUCAGUUCGUCCACAUCUCACAGAAGCUUGUUGCCAUUAUUACCAUAAUUGUUCUGCAGCCAGAGAACAUUCUUAUAUUAACCUUUUUGUUUUUCUGAAGUAUGAAAACGUAAUCAAAAAUUAUAUGGUGAAGGGAAUGUUUAUGGGGACACGUGGGAGUCAUUUUUAACAUUUAACUCCUUCUACAGUAUAUCAAUAUUUCUUCUAAUGACUGUAAUCAGUGGCUAUUAAAAAUUAUUAAUGAUUAUUAAUCAUGGAGUGUUACCUGCAUAUGAGGCACCACAGCAUAACUUUAUUGUCCUUUAUAUUUACUUUUUGUUCUUUUCAGUGGCAGCAGAUUUGGUCAGCUUAUGUCUAAUUGUGAUAUCAGUUCAACACCUCAGUUCAGUUUCGUACAUUAAGAGAACGUUAAGAGAAGCUUUUCUACGGGCAGGUGUAAAAGAAAACUGUCAAUUCAGUUAAACAAAGCACAAAUUCACUGAUCAUUUGAGAAUCUGUGUGCCUUCACUGUACCUACAUUCAAAACACAAGUCUGAAUGCUGAUGUCACUCCCAGAGUGUUUUCAAAUACAAGACGAGACACAAGACCUUCUCAGUACGUGACAACUUUACCAAAUAAAUAAGAAAAUGUCAAUCACUGGUUGAAAAAAAUCUGAAGUAUGAACACAAAGUGGCUUCUUUUCUUCAUAACCCAACACGAUGUGAUUACUUGGCAAACUGUCAAACUGGCCAACAAAAUUAAUGAAAUAAAUGAAGGAAUCAAACCCUUACAGGAAGCCUCUGUGAGAGUUUGCUAAUGACCAGAUCUGCAGUCUGUGGUGAGAUGACUUUUGGUGUUUCAACUGUUUAAUGUUACUAUUGUUGUAUCAACUCAAAAUAUCAUAUAAAGUGCAUGUGGGAAAAUGAAGAACCAUGAGCCUGAUUCAUUUUAUCUCAUUUCAUUGAGUUCAUCAUUUUUCUGUGAAAAGUUUGGGCAAUUCUUGACGACCUUUUAAACUCAUUUACGUUUACUGACCUUAAGUUCCUAUUAAAAAUCUAACAGAAACCACAUCGACAUCAAUUCAACCUCGGGAUGUAUGCUAGGCUAACACUAUGUUAUUGCAUUGGUGACAUGUCUGUUGCAGAUUCAUGGACUAAGGUUCCAGACUCUUGCCUGUAACACGUUGAAGAACAUUAAUGGUGAGCAGUAAAUAUCCCGUCAGAGACAGGAAGUUGCCCCUUUAACUCAUCAUCUGGAAACAACAGAUGAGUUAAAGACUUAUUAAGAAGUUACUGUAUGACCACCAAUAUGAAUUUCAGGAGUUAUAGUUUUAUCCACAUAAAAAAAAAAAAAUCACAAUUAGAGUAUUUAUUGAAUAGUCAAAAGCUUUCAACCCCGUAGAUCACAAUUUAUUAUUAAAGAGGCCUAAAGCUCAUGGAGUUGUUGGUGGUGAACUUAACUGGUAUAAAAUCUACCCAAUUUACACCAAACAAUUUAACAACAAUAAUAAAACAAAAUGCUUAUAUGAUCUUGGAGCCAAAAGAUCAUUUUUCUCAUAAGCUAACAAUGUGCUCGAAUGUGUUUCUCACAUUAAAGGGACAAUAGAAACAAAGCAAUGCAUGCUGGUCAUAAAAACGUCAUGCAGAAGUAACCAUCACUUAUGAUGUAAGUGAGUAUGCGUGUGGUGUGUGUUACCGACCCUGCCUGU